AACCGUUCAGCCGUCUGUGGCGAAAUUGGAGACGCUUGUGGCGUUCGGCAGGGAGGUACGCAACAUGGUGACGUACAUGCAGUCAGCUAAACUCAACACCCAUUUGGACAAUCCACUCUUGCUGGCAGAGCUGGUCGCUAAGCUUCCACCCGACUUGCAGCUACAAUGGGGUAUGAACUUAGCAGCUCUUCCAGAACCAUCGCUUGGUGAUUUCUGUGCGUUUGUGUCGGCUUAUCGAACAGCGGCAUGCAAGGUGAAAUUGACGUCGGAUGUUGGUCUGAAUGAAAAAGCCACAAAAGGUGUUGUGAGAAAGGAGAAGCCAGUUUAUUUGAACGCACAUUCCGCCUCCGUGUCCUCAGCGCCUGGACCACCGGCUUCGAAAGUUACUCCGGAGCUAAAGCCGUGCCUGAUGUGCAAAAGUACAACGCACAGAGUCCGAACUUGUAAGCAGUUCGAAACGUUGCCGCUCGAAGAGAAGCUGAGGUUCACCAGUGAAAAGGGCAUGUGUAAGCAUUGUCUGGCGCCGCAUGGAAGGUGGCCUUGCCGAAACAAGCAGCCUUGCGGGAUCAAUGGAUGCCCUGAGCCCCACCAUAAACUGUUACAUCCAGGAAGUUGUUCGACUCUCAAGAGUCAAGGAUCGGAAUCUUCUGUAUCGGUAACCGCCCAUCAUCAACACCAGCAAGUCACCACAUUCUUCAAAAUACUUCCGGUGACUCUUCACGCGAACGGGAAGUCGGUGUCCACAUUUGCUUUUCUGGACGACGGAUCCGACCUGACGCUGGUCGAAGACGAACUUAUCGACGAACUGGGCUUGGUGGGCGAAAGAAUUCCGCUUUGCUUGCAGUGGACUAGUAACAUCACGAGAAGUGAGAGUAACUCUCGUAAGGUCGAGAUAGGUAUCUCAGGUGCAUCGAACAAUCGCAUCCAUCAGCUGGCGAACGUAAGAACCGUUGAGAGCUUGGAAUUACCGAAGCAGAGCCUGGAUUAUGAGAGUCUCUCGAAGCAGUUCCCUCAUCUGAGUAGACUCCCCAUCAGCAGCUACCGGACGGCCGUGCCACGAAUUCUUAUCGGUGUCGAUAAUGCCCAGCUCAACUUAGCUUUGAAGAAGAGGGAAAGAUCCGGAGGAGAACCUAUUGCUGCUAAAUUUCGCCUCGGAUGGGCAAUAUUCGGUGGAAGACGAGCACCUGAGACGAUAGGUAGUGCUUUCGUUCAUGUCUGCGAGAGAUCCAAUAGCCGCGAGCUCCAUGAACCGGUCCAGCAGUAUCUUGAAUUCGAAAACCUGGCGAUAUCCGGAUUGAAUCCACCCGAAUCCGACGAAGAUAGACGGGCCAGAAGAUUGCUCGAAAAGACGACAGUUCAUAUACCAUCCGGAAAGUUCCAAACUGGAUUGCUUUGGAAAAGCGAUGAGCCGGUUUUUCCGAACAAAUUUACCAAGGCAGUACGUCGACGCGGUUGUUUUGAAAAGCGCUUGCUGAAAGAUCCCGAACUGAAAACUAAUAUUGACAAACAAAUGAACGAUUGUCUACACAAGAGGUACGUUCACAAAGCAACGUCAGACGAGCUCCGCAACAGUGACAACGGAAAGAUUUGGCACCUGCCAAUCAGCGCAGUGCGACAUCCGAGCAAGUUAACAAAGGUGCGUGUAUUCUGGGAUGCUGCGGCUACGUAUGGAGGAAUCUUUCUGAGCUCCCAGCUUUUGAAAGGUCCGGAUUUGGUGAAGCCCCUUCUAUCUGUCCUCUGCCAAUUCCGACAGAAACAGUAUAUCAUCGCUGGGGACAUAAGGCAGUUGUUCCAGUUGAUUAUUCGUUCGGCAGAUAGAAACGCACAACGAUAUUUGUAUCAGGAGAAUUCAGAAGCUGCGCUCGACGUGUACAUGGACGUCGCAACGUUCGGGGCAACGUGCUCCCCGUGUUCAGCACAGUUUGCUAAGAAUGGAAACGCCCAGGAACAUAAAGAUCGUUAUCCGGAAGCUGCUGAAGCAAUUGUUGACAACACAUAUUUUGACGAUUUCCUUGCGAGCUGUGCCAUUGAAGAGGCAACGAAACUGGCUUUGGAAGUGAGUCUGGUCAACCGAUCAGUUGGUUUUGAGAUACCUAGUUGGCAGUCGCACUCCAAACACGUUCUGAAACGGGUUGGGGUGACUACUGGAGAUAAUUUUGUAGUCAACAUGGAAAAUUGCUCGCGGUGUGGUGGUCUACCCAACAGAAUUGCUAACCUGCAUCAUUUUGUGCACCGCUUUAAGCGCUUCAAACGGGAUCCUGUGGAAUCUAGUGAGUCCUGUGGUGGUCUGAAUCGUGAUGAUUGUGUGUCGGCGGAAACAGCCAUUUGGCGGGCUGUACAGCGACAGGUGUUUGCAGGAGAAAUUCAAGCGUUUAGAAGCAGUUCUGAGCCUUCACCGAAGCGGUGGAAGCGUAUCGGCAAGGGAAGUGUCCUAGCGAAGCUAUCAUCGAUGAUCGAUGAGUCCGGUGUUCUCCGUAAGGCGAGCAGAAUCGAUCACCUAGCGGCUCAUUAUUCGUUCGAAGUUCGAAAUCCUGAGAUAGUACCAAAAAAUCAUGAUGUAAUCACUUCUUUGAUGCUGCGAUUUUACCAAAGGUACGGUCAUGCCAAUUCCCAGACGGUACUGAACGAGAUCAAGCUACGUUACUACAUUCCCCGGAUGAGAGCCAGUUCGGAGAAGGCAUUCAAGACUCUCUCGCACCAUCAAAGGCUAGACGAUGAAGGACUGCGAACAUUGCUCUCGAAAGCAGAAUUGAUAGUCAACUCCCAUCCGCUGACGUUCGUGCCGCUGGAGGAUCCCAAGGAAGAAGUGCUGACUCCAAAUCAUUUCCUUUGGCUAAGUUCCGGCGAGGACAGCAAACCACCAAGGGUACCAAUCGACGAUGCUACACCUCUUCGACCAAACUGGAAGAUUAUUCAACACUUAACAAACCAGUUUUGGAAGCGCUGGGUGCAAGCUUAUCUACCUACUAUAGCCUGCAGGAUGAAAUGGUUCGCGGAAACGCGGCCGCUGAAGGUCGGCGAUCUAGUGGUCAUCGUAGACGAGUCCGUGCGCAACGGAUGGCUCCGAGGUAAAGUGGUGAGGACUUAUCCAGGACGAGACGGACAAGUUCACAAGGUCGGUGGAGACUUGCGACGGAUCUACUCUUCAAAGACCAGCGGUAAAGGUUGCUCUGUUGGACGUGCAGGAGGAGAGUAAAGUCGAUUGACUACGACGUUACGGGUUGGGGUGUUAGUAGAACUGGCAACCUUGGUACGGAGAUCGGACAAACGUCAACGCGUUGGCGCCGAAAAAGAAUUGUCAUUGUUAGAAAAUUGAUCGAAACUGCGACACGUUUUUUCCUGACCUGGCAGUUAGUUAGUUUUUAGUGAAUAGUUUUAGAGAAAACAGUAUGUAUUCAUUAUUAGUUGAUCCGAUAAUCUUUUAAUGUAUUUUGUUAUAGUAGGUGAAAUCUAUUUGGCUAGUUGCGCGUGAUUUGAGUGCUCGCGGGUUUGUGAGUCAGAAGAGGUUAGGUGAUAGAAAUUCCUUACUGCGCAAUUUGCCACUAAAAUAUUGUAUUUCCUUUGAUAGUUUGAGUGACCGUUCGGUUGUUCCGGUUAGGUGUACCGGGUUGAGCUCAAUUAGAGCGGUAGGAAAGAAAAAGCCUUCAAAUAGCCGGUGAUAUCCGACGGUUUAGGGUUGCCAGAGCUAGAGCUUAGGGUAAACGGCGAAACUUAUUUUCGAGUUCGUUCGCAUACAACGUACUACGGAACAGUUUUUAUUUCCCAC